UGCUAAAUAGUAAAUCUGACUUUUAUUGUGUAAGAGACUUUUACUUUGUAAGAGAAAGCCCCGUGUCACGUGAUCCCGCUCUCUCCUGGAUACCAGAAAGCGUCGCUUACGGUCGCUACGGAGGGAGGGAUGCCUGAGUUGUAGUCAAAAGACACUUACGAGCAUUUUUCCCAUGUAGUUAGGACCACGCACGGUCAUGGCAGCCUGCGGGAAACGCUUCGUUGUCGUUUCGGCAACGACUCUACCAAGUUUUAAUGUUUGUACACUCACGUUUUAGCGCACUGCUCUGUCUUAGCAUGACAGAUACAGAUUAGUUAGCAUGCUAGCGAGCUAGCCUCCCAGCCUGAGCAUCAGCCAGCGAUCACAGCUGCCGGUGACAGCAUGUGUUUUUGUGUGUCUGUGUAUCAGUGUGAUUGCAGGUUCCAAGGCAGACAUGGGUAAACUACAGAGCAAGUUUCGCAAGAGGUCUGAGCUCUACAGGGCAUCUCAGGGGGAGAAGGCAGAUAACGCCUUUGACAGUCAGGUGGUGCAGUACGAACCUGCCCAUCAUGGAUCCAUCAACACUGUGACCAACCUCAGCCCAGAUCUGUGUGUUUCUGGUGGGACUGACCAGGCGGUGGUGGUGUACGACUGGAAACAAGGCCGGAUGUGUCAGUCCUUCCAGGGUCACAACCGAGAGGUUACCAAGGCGAUUUGUUAUCCAGGUAGUACGUGGAUCUUUAGUGCCUCACGGGACAAGACUGUUCUGAUGUGGGACCUGAACCAGGGCGAUGAACAUAUUCAGGAAUUUUGUGGCCAUGAGUUGGUGGUCAAUGGACUUGCUAUCAGCCCUGAUGGGAGAAAGCUGUGCACCGGUUCUCGAGACAACUGGAUGUGCCUGUGGGAUAUAGAAUCGGCAAAAUGUGAACAGAGACAAAACAUCUCUAGAAACCUGGUGACUCAUGUGUGUUGGGUGCCAGCCAGCUCCUCUGUAGUCCAGACCUCUGAGGAUAAGACCAUAAGGGUGUGGGACAGCCGGACAUGGCAGGUGACCAAUACUUUUCCAGCUAAGCAAUACAUCCAGACCCACUGUGACGUCUCUCCAAAUGGUCACUACUUGGUGUCCAGCAGUAAUGGCUUUGGAGGACAGGGCUGUGAAGCCACGCUCUGGGACCUGCGUCAGCCUGGCUGUAAAGUUGUGGAGUACAGAGGCCAUCUCCAAACCACAGCCUGCUGCAUGUUCCUGCCUAUGACUCCUGGUGACACAGUUCGAGUAGCAACAUCCUCCCAUGACAGCUCAGUCAAAAUCUGGGAUCAGAAUACAGCAGUCUGUUUAGGGACGCUGGCUCUGGAUGGUGCUGGUCCACUGGUUUCUCUGGCUCCAAGUGAUUCCACUAAUCUGCUGUGUGCCAGCUUCAACAAUGGCCUCCACCAUAUCCAACUGGACCAGGGAUCACACCAGGCUCAGGGUUCUGGUGCAGUUUCGGGUGGCCUGGACAUUAAAGUUGUGGCACGUUUCUGACGGCCCCGAAGAGUCUGACCUGUGAACAGCCAGUGACUCAGGGAGCAGCAGCACUGGACGUGGGCAUCUUAUCAGUUCAUUUUUUUUUGUUUUGUUUUUUACUAUUUUCCAUAUUUCUAUAGACAUUUUUGCUUUACUAGACUGCCAUACAUUGAGGAAUGACAGAGGAGGCAUGAGAAAAGUAGGAGAUGAUGUUUGGACGAUGCAUCUUACCCAUCAUAGCUACUCUUGUCUGUCGGCCAAAAUACCUUUUGACUGAGGAGCAUACAAACACCAAAAUAAUUGUGCUUGGAGUCAUGGCCGGAUUUGACUUUGAGCAGGAAUUUCCUGUUGAUCUCUGUUGUGGUAAUUUGAUAAAAUGCCAACUAAUUUAGUGACAUGAGCGAACAGCAACACCAUUAGCUAAUACUGCAGGGCCCAUCUUAGCUGAUAUUGUAAGUGGUGGUCUGGGGCCCCUAUGCGGUUUCCUGCUUUGCUUGGUUGGUCAUCCAGCCUUGCCUUCAGUUUUGCUUUGUUGGACUAAACAAGAUAAACUGGAAUUCACUGUCUGCUUUAGGUUGACAGAACAUACUGGAUGCUUUAUACAUAUGUUGUAUUGCUUUUAUUGGUGUACUGAAUACAGGUUCAGAGGACAAGUUGAAGGUGAUUUUGGAGCAGAUGCUCAUUUGUUUGACAUUUUAAACUGACCAAACCACCAAAACCUCAAAAACCCCAGAUUCACAUGAUGUCUGUUGGUGUUUUUUGGUAAUUUAAUUAACAGCACAAGAACUUCAAGCACUCAAUUGCAGUAUCAACAAGAAAAGCACUCAGAGAGCGCAGUACUCCGCCAAGGCUGCUCGGUCGUUGUAUGAUUUCCCACGGAUAAGUCCGCGGUAGUCGAUUUGUCUGGCCUUCCCUGAAGAUCUCAUCCAAAUCCGUUUGUCCAUUUUUGAGUAAUGUUGCACACAGAUAAACAGACAGACAAACGUAUGCUGAUCGUCGCAUAACUUUGCCGCGUUUCUUGGCGGAGUAACUAAGACAGGCCCAAAAAACAAGGCGUGGAUAUGGAAAAUUGGAAGCAAUCGUAGAGCAGUAAAAUCAGCUAUUUAACCUGGUCGUACUAAGCCAUGACAGAGAAUUGAAAUCCAAGAGUAUCCAAUUGUUUUUUUCAGUAAUAUCAUUUUGUAGGUAAUGCUCGACUUUUGUUUGUCAAACAAGUUGUGAAGUCACCAAAACAGAGUAAGGAGGAAUGUGUUUAUACUGGUAUUAUUGAUUAGUUUGUACUGUAGCUUCAACCUGUCGAAUGUUAGACCAAAUGAGUAUCAAUGACACCAGAUUGUGUUAACAUACUUUGUUUUUAUGCAGAUUUCAACUGAUAGCAAUUUAAAAGAUACACAAGCUGAUAUUUUCAACAAAAUCUGCUAAUAGUUAAUGUUUUGUGCUGAUAGCCAAUAUAUUUUCAAUUCAAAAUUACUAUGCAAAAUUUCUGAGUAAUUCCCUUUUUCAUAAAAUAGUGUUUGAAUAAACAAAUAGAAAUUGAAAACACUGCAGAGGGAAAAUAAAGAUGCUUUGCAGCCUGUCGGCAUAAAACCUGCUACCAAUUGCUGACUUAAUAUGUUGUUUAAUUGAGAUUGGGAAUUUGUUAUAGAUACUGAACACUCCAGCUGUAGUUUAAUCACACAUUACAUCCCUAACCAAUAAUCUUGUCAACUUUAAUACCUUAAAAUGACAUAUUUUACCUUUUAGUUUAUAGAUAUCAAGGCGAUCAUCUCUCCAAAAAAAUGUGCUUGUUGCUAUAAUUUCCAAUUAGGAGCACCGGAGGAAUACAGUAGUCAGAUCACAUCUGGAUGCUAGUCUGAAGAGAGAUGUUAUUUUAAUACAAAUAGAACAGUGGUUUGAUUCAGGUUGACGAGAUGCAGCAACAAAAGACUGCAGGAAAAUUUAUGAGUUGCAAUAAGAAAACUCAAAUGUAAAAAAUGACAUUGUCACAAGGUGCUGAGGAGUCAACACUUUGGCUAUAAUUAAUUAUUUUUCUUAAUUUUAUUGAACACUACCUAUACUGGGGAACCAAAGGAGUUCAGACAGUUGAAUUUUUUGAGUUUUGUUUUGCUUGGGUAUUUGUCAGUCUAAAUGUGACAAGUAAUUUGAUUUUGUCAAUCUGUAUUUCUUACUUUAUCAUUAGGCAAUAAAUGAGGCAUUUUAUAAUCUUA